UAAUACUAGCUGGCCUAUUUAUGAAAUUUCAUUUAUGAACCCUAGCCUAGCUUGCUUCAGCUUCUUACUUUUUCGCGCUCGCUCUGUUGUGAAUAGAGAUUCAUCACUUCCACUCGGCCCAUUCUCCGCUUUCUUCAAAUCGUAAACUUUUUUGGGAUUGAAGACCGAAUCGUUAGAAAUUUUCAGGGUACAAUGGCUUCCAACAUCUCGCCCGCUGCCUUUGAUAAAGAACAGUUUUUGGAUGUGUUUCAAUAAUUCAUGUGGUCAUGGAGCAGAUAUUUGGAAUGGCUGAAAAGGAGAUGGAAUAUAGGGUUGAAUUAUUCAACAAGAUGACCCAGACCUGUUUCAAGAAGUGUGUUGACAAUAGGUACAAGGAGUCUGAGCUAAAUAUGGGUGAAAAUAGUUGCAUUGACCGCUGUGUUUCAAAAUACUGGCAUGUGACUAAUCUAGUUGGUCAGCUGCUUGGUUCUGGGAGGCCUCCAAUGUAAUCCAAGUGUAUUGUAUUUGCUUUUGCGGUUAGCAAUCUGUGAGCUAUGUCUACGAUAUUAUUAGUUGUUGCUUCACUGGCUUCCUUCCUUCCCAAGGAAGCAUAAAUUUUAAUACUUUGCGAGGUCUUUAUUUUUGUGGUCAAUCUGCUUUGUUUAGAAAGGGAUUGAUGAGUUUUUUUUUUUGUCUAAACCUCAGGUUUAUCAGGAGAAAAUAUCCUAAUAAAUUUGGAGUUUGACCGAAAAGUAAGUAAAAUUUAAUCAAUAAUUAUUUUUGGGAUUGAUGAGCUUUUGAGGUAACCAAUGGUGAACAAUAAAAUUAAUUUUAGAUAAA